AUGGCGUCUCCAGCGCAUCCUGCGGAGCCCGGACAUUGGUUCCUGCGAGGGGUACAGUCUGCAUGCUUCUACUACAUUUCACUCACGCCGUGUCUGGAGUUUCAACACAAGCGUAAAAGAAGACAGGAGGCUAGAGCGGCAAAGGCACCGGAUACAGACAUAGUCACUACACAACCGAGGCCUGUGGCCCAGCCCAGAGCUUUUGAGACGAACGAAGCCUGGGCGUAUGAGUUGAUGCUGGGCCCUGGACCGCCAAAAGGGUGGAAGGGUGAUACACUACUGCGGAAGUAUCAGAAGCACAUGGUGAAGAAGACGAAAGAAACAGACAAGGCCCAAGCAGAGCCUGAGCAUCCACAGCCACAAUCGGAGCCUAUACCUUCAUCGGAAGUGUUCACACAGCCCACGUUAUCCUCUGGACCAUCUCCUCCCCGUGCUCCAGCUACUGCAUUAUCUGACGCACAAAGUAUCAUUGAAAAAGCGCCCAACCCCGCAAGUAGGCCGUUCAAGGAGCGGCACUUGUCAAAUGCAUAUGGAUACAUCAAGGACUCUUUGAUUGUAAAUCUGCACCCAGAAGGGUGGAAUUGGAAGAAGUACAACCGCGAAGACGAAGAUUUGUUCGGGUUUGGUGCGAAGAUGAAAGGACUGUGGAAUCGAGCAGUCUCGACUGGUCACAAUGAGGGAAGUGCAGGCCAGGAUGCUGCAGGACCCGUCAUUCAGCAACGAAAAAGAGCCGAAACCACAAUGAGCGAAGGCUAUGACUAUCAGAGAGGCAGAAACCCGGAAGUCAACGACUUACAUCCUCCAAUAGUGUCUCAAUUACCCGCCACCAGUGCAGACGCUCGCUGGAUGCUACUUGGUCCACCAUCCGGCGACGUAAUGAUGGGUAGGAAGCAAGCGACAGAGGAACCGGAAUGGCGAUGGCCAAUGGCAGUACUGGGCGGGAAGAAAGCGCGCACAUUCUUUGACGAUGAGUACGAAGAGCCGCCUCUGAAGAUGACGCGAUCGGUCCAACAGCUGGACGCCGUGGGGGUUGAGAAAGCCACUACGAGUACGCAAAGUAUCGCCAGCGACGUGGAUGACGGCUACAGUCUUGAGGGCCUUCAGGAGGACAGGCCAGAAGUCAUCAGCAAAACACAAAUCAAGCACAUGUCCGAUCCCAUCGUCAGGCCAGCUCCUGCUCACUCACGUUCCUCUGGUGCGGAUGAUUUCCUUGGCCUCAAAAGGAGAGAAAGUUGGCAAUUUCACUAUGUUGUUCCCAAGCCGCCGAACAUAUGGUGA